CAGUGCUGUUUUGAGGGGGGCGGGGGGUUGGAGGAAGCGGAAAGCCGCGCCGAGUCGCCGGGGACCUCCGGGGUGAACCAUGUUGAGUCCUGCCAACGGGGAGCAGAUCCACCUGGUGAACUAUGUGGAGGAUUACCUGGACUCUAUCGAGUCUCUGCCUUUCGACCUGCAGAGGAACGUCUCGCUGAUGCGGGAGAUCGACGCGAAAUACCAAGAAAUCCUGAAGGAAUUGGACGAAUAUUACGAGAAAUUUAAACGAGAGACAGAUGGUGCCCAGAAACGCCGAGUGUUACACUGCAUCCAGAGAGCCCUGAUUCGGAGCCAGGAACUGGGUGAUGAGAAGAUUCAGAUUGUGAGUCAGAUGGUGGAGCUGGUGGAGAACCGGACCAGACAAGUGGAUAGUCAUGUGGAACUCUUUGAAACACAUCAGGAAAUCAAUGACACCACUGGCAACAGUGGCAAAGCUGGCCAAGAUAAGUCAAAGAAUGAGACAAUCACGCAGGCAGAAAAGCCGAAUAACAAACGUUCCCGGAGGCAGCGCAACAAUGAGAAUCGAGAAAAUGCAUCUAAUAAUCAUGACCAUGAUGACAUCACCUCAGGAACACCCAAGGAGAAGAAAGCAAAGACCUCGAAGAAGAAAAAACGCUCUAAGGCCAAAGCAGAGAGGGAAGCAUCCCCUGCAGACCUUCCCAUCGACCCAAAUGAGCCCACGUACUGUCUGUGCAAUCAGGUCUCCUAUGGAGAAAUGAUAGGUUGUGACAAUGACGAGUGCCCCAUCGAAUGGUUCCACUUCUCAUGCGUGGGACUCAAUCAUAAACCAAAGGGCAAGUGGUACUGUCCCAAGUGUCGGGGGGAAAAUGAGAAAACAAUGGACAAAGCAUUGGAGAAGUCCAAAAAAGAGAGAGCCUAUAACAGGUAGUUUGUGGACAUUCACUAGUAGUGGGGAAAACAGAACCAGCUAGUGUAUUUAUUACAUUGCCACCUGUGCUGAGGUGUGAGGAUUGUCAAAUGUGUAUUUUCAAGGAAUGUUGGAGAAGGCACCGUUCCCUUCACAGGGAUGGCACUGACUCUCUCCACCUUUUGUUCUCACUGGUAUAUGUGUGUAAGAAGACAGUGGUCUGUGGAUCAGCAUUUUAGGAACUACAAAUAUAGGUUUCAAUUAAACACUUA